AAUCCCCCGAGGUCCUGUCCAGCAGCCUCUGGAGGAUCGGAUCUUCACUCCGACCGUCUCGGCUGUGUACAGCACUGUAACACAAGUAGCAAGACAGCCGGGUCCUCCUGCCCCAUCCCCUUACACUGCACAUGAAAUAAAUAAGGGACACCCAAAUCUUGCUGCAACGCCACCGGGACAUGCAUCGUCCCCUGGGCUCUCACAGGCUCCUUAUCCCUCAGGACAGAAUGCAGCUCCAACCACGUUGGUGUACCCUCAAGCCCCUCAAACAAUGAACACGCAGCCUCAGACCCGCUCGCCGUUUGCAGCGGGGCCUCGACCUGCCCAUCACCAGUUUUUUCAGAGGCCUCAGAUCCAGCCUCCAAGAGCCACCAUCCAGAACAGCAGCCCCUCCAUCCGUCCUGGAGCACAGACCCCGACUGCCGUGUACCAAACCAACCAGCACAUCAUGAUGGUGAACCACCUGCCAAUGCCCUACCCGAUGCCUCAGGGCCCCCAGUACUGUAUCCCACAGUAUCGUCACAGUGGCCCCCCGUACGUCGGGCCACCCCAGCAAUAUCCUGUGCAGCCACCAGGACCAGGACCCUUUUAUCCAGGCCCAGGUCCUGGGGAAUUCCCCAAUGCCUAUGGAACACCCUUCUACCCCAGCCAGCCUGUGUACCAGUCUGCACCCAUCAUUGUGCCUACGCAGCAGCAGCAGCCACCGCCUGCCAAGAGAGAGAAGAAAACGAUCCGAAUCCGGGAUCCAAACCAGGGAGGCAAAGACAUAACGGAAGAAAUCAUGUCUGGAGGGGGCAGCAGGAACCCCACGCCCCCCAUCGUCAGACCCACCUCCACCCCAACUCCACCUCAGGUGCCCAGCCAGGUCCCCGAGCCCGUUCCCACGGCGUUCGUGGAGAGCUCCCACCCCUCUGGCAGCACCCCCGGCACCGCGGCCCCCGCCUCCAAACAAGAAGAGAAGCCAAAACCAGAUCCAGUAUUAAAACCACCUUCUCCAGUCCUCAGACCAGAACCUACAGGGGAGAAGAAAGAUCAAGCUGGGCAGAUGAGCGAGGCCCCCACCUCAGUGGAAACCCCACCAGAACUUCCUCGUGCUCCGUCGCCGGCCCCGGCCACUCCUGUCGCAGCUGUCGCCACGGCUGCCAUUGCUGUCACCGUGUCCAGUAAAGCCCCGCCCGCGGCCGAGCCAGAGGACAAAUGUGAACUGGCCUCCCCCGUAGAGGAGGCAAUGCCUACACCCAGUGCCACAGGCUGCCCGGAGCCCGCGGCCCCUGCUGCGGAGGAGGAGCCCGGACCCGAGGUGUGCACAGAGCCUAGCAGUGCAGUAGCAUCACCCCGUGACACCCCGGUGACGGUGACGGCCGGGCCCGGGGUCAUCGACGACACGAGCAAUGCCAGGGCCGCGGGGGCCGAGCCUGUGGCAGAGGUGGCCCAGGCGGAAACUGCAGCGUUGACUGUGGAGUUGGAACCCACCGAGGCCCCCCCAGCGGGGGUGGAGAGCGCUCCAUCACCUCCCAGUGCUCCUCUGGCUGCUCCUUCUCCUCCUCCCACCCCACCACCCACCCCACCGCCCCCAGCCCCUCCGCUCUCUGUAGCUGCUGGUACCACUCCAACUCCUUCUCCACCUCCUCUCCCGUCUCCGAGUGCCCUCCCUGUUGUCCAGGGAGAUUUAGAAGGAGAGGAAAGCACAAGAACUACUCUUAGCGAAGAGGUAAAAGAUACUGAGAAGAAGGAAGAGACAGAAGCAGAUGGGCAACUGGAGGAGAGCCAGGAGGCUCUGAGUGUGAACUCGAGCAAGAGUCCUGUCCCAGCCCAAACCGCUGUAGCUGCACCAAAGACCUGGAAGAAACCAAAAGACCGGACCCAAGCCACUGAGGAGGUGACAGAGGCAGAAACAGAGCCGAAGGAGGAGGAGGAACCUUCAGGGGACAAAGUACUUGAAUCUGACCAGGAGAAAAUGAGCCAUGGGCUUCAAGCGGAGAGGGAGCCCUCAGAGCUCAAACCAGUGAAAACUGUGGAAGAGAACGGGGAGCAGGAGGCAGAACCAGUGCGAAACGGAGCUGAGAGCGUCUCAGAGGGCGAGGGCACCGACGCCAACUCGGGCUGCACGGAGAGCACGGAGAGCCCCACGUACCAGUAUAAACCAGAGCAGUGGAAGCCCCUGGACCCAGAGGGGAAAAAGCAAUAUGACCGAGAAUUCCUGCUGGAUAUCCAGUUCAUGCCUGCCUGUAUCCAGAAGCCCGAGGGGCUGCCUCCCAUCAGCGACGUGGUGCUCGACAAGGUGAGAGGAGAGCCCAUCAAACCGGUCAAUCAGCCAAAAUUGCCACUGAGGACUUUGGACCCCCGAAUCCUGCCACGAGGCCCCGACUUCACACCAGCCUUUGCUGAUUUUGGAAGGCAAGCCACUGGCGGAAGAAACGUGUCUGGAAGUGCCUGCAAAGUGCAGAGCACCCCUGGAUUGCCCUCCCUGGCUCGGUGCGGGCCCCCAGCAUGCCCUCUCUUGGUCUCGCCUCACCCACCAUUGAGGAACCUGCCGAUAGGGUUGUUGAAUGUUGGACCGAGGAGAUCUCAGCCAGGCCAGAGGAGGGAGCCCAGGAAGAUCAUCACUGUGUGUGUGAAGGAGGACGUGCACCUGAAGAAGGCAGAGAACGCCUGGAAGCCAAGCCUGAAGAGGGAAAACCAAACGGAGGACCCGGAAAAUGUCAAAACCCAGGAGCUGUUCCGCAAGGUACGGAGCAUCUUGAACAAGCUGACGCCCCAGAUGUUCAACCAGCUCAUGAAACAGGUGACAGACCUGACAGUGGACACGGAGGAGAGGCUGAAGGGAGUCAUCGACCUGGUCUUCGAGAAGGCCAUCGACGAGCCCAGCUUCUCCGUGGCCUACGCCAACAUGUGCCGGUGCCUGGUGACGCUGAAAGUGCCCAUGGCAGACAAACCUGGGAGCACAGUAAAUUUCCGUAAGUUGCUGUUAAAUCGCUGCCAGAAGGAAUUUGAGAAGGACAAGGCUGACGAUGAUGUCUUUGAAAAGAAGCAGAAAGAACUCGAAGCUGCCACCACUCCAGAAGAGAAGACACGGCUCCAUGAUGAGCUGGAAGAGGCCAAGGACAAAGCCCGGCGGAGAUCCAUUGGGAAUAUAAAAUUCAUCGGCGAGCUUUUCAAGCUGAAGAUGCUGACGGAGGCCAUCAUGCAUGACUGCGUGGUGAAGCUGCUGAAAAACCACGACGAGGAGUCCCUCGAGUGCCUUUGCCGCCUGCUCACGACCAUUGGCAAGGACCUGGACUUUGAGAAGGCAAAGCCCCGCAUGGACCAGUAUUUUAAUCAGAUGGAGAAGAUUGUGAAAGAAAGGAAAACCUCCUCAAGGAUUCGGUUCAUGCUUCAGGAUGUAAUAGACCUAAGGCUGUGCAACUGGGUGUCACGGAGAGCAGACCAGGGCCCCAAGACCAUCGAGCAGAUCCAUAAGGAAGCCAAGAUUGAAGAGCAGGAGGAACAGAGGAAGGUGCAACAACUCAUGACCAAAGACAAGAGGAGACCGGGUGUCCCACGGGUCGACGAAGGUGGCUGGAACACUGUGCAGGGGGCAAAGAACAGCAGAGUGCUGGACCCCACCAAGUUCCUUAAAAUCACCAAGCCCACAAUAGAUGAGAAGAUUCAGCUCGUGCCUAAAGCCCAGUUGGGCAGCUGGGGGAAAGGCAGCAGUGGUGGAGCCAAGGCAAGCGAGAUGGACUCCUUGCGACCAAGUGCCACAAGUCUGAACAGAUUUUCUGCCCUGCAGCCUCCAGUCUCCCCAGUAUCUGCCUCAUCUGCAUCUUCAGAACUAGAAUCUCGCAGGGCCUUAACGAGUCGUGGGAGCACAGGCAGGGAGAAGAAUGACAAACCUCUGACACCUUCCCUGUCCCGGCCCAACACCUUCCUCCGGGGCAGCAGCAGCAAGGAGCUAUUGCUGGACAACCAGGCCCAGGAGGAGCAGCGCAGGGAGAUGCUGGAGACGGUGAAGCAGCUGACAGGAGGCAUGGAGAUGGACAGGAACAGCACCGAGGCCGAGAGGAACAAAGCCAAGGAGUCUGCCAAGCCAGAAGCUCCCCCAGCUCCUGUGCAAGAAAAGUCUUCACUAUCAGAAGAAGAAAUAGAGAGAAAAUGCAAAUCUAUAAUUGAUGAGUUCUUGCAUAUUAAUGAUUUUAAGGAGGCCAUGCAGUGCGUGGAGGAGCUGAGUGCCCAGAACCUGCUGCCCGUGUUCGUGCGUGUGGGCGUGGAAUCCACGCUGGAGCGGAGUCAGAUCACCAGGGAUCACAUGGGCCAGUUGUUACAUCAGCUGGUGCAGUCGGGAAAGCUGAGCAAGCAGGAUUUCUUCAAGGGUUUUUCUGAGACCCUGGAGAUGGCAGAUGACAUGGCCAUAGAUAUACCCCAUAUCUGGUUGUACCUGGCUGAGUUGGUGACCCCCGUGUUAAAAGAAGGAGGAAUCUCUAUGAGAGAACUUAUACAAGAAUUUAGCAAACCCUUGCUUCCUGUGGGAAGAGCCGGCGUUUUGCUUGCUGAAAUCUUGCACCUUCUAUGCAAACAAAUGGUACCUUUGCACCUGGCUUCUCCCAGAAGCUAAGAGUGCUGAAAUACUGCAAGAGGGACAUGCUCAAGGGAUUUCUGGGCUGACCAGAAGCAGCAAGUGCCGGGAAUCUUGCGAGAGAACUGUUCUUGCAGACCGGAGAGGUUCUCAGGGUUCGGAUAAGCUUCCGAUGGCCUCAGACUGCUGUGUGCUUAUCCAAACUAAACCUGCCGACUCUUGAGGUUCACCCAGCACUGGGGUAGUGACACCUCUUCACCCCGUGACUCCGAGAGCUCUCUUUCACACCUCACAGCUGCGUGUCCAACCAGUUUGGCGGUUUCCCUAUAAUUCGUCUUUAUUUUUGUCUUUUUUUUUUUGAUCCAGCUAAAUCCUGCACUUUGGAUAGUGUCUAAUUCCAACCCUAUAAAAUCCCUCACUUGCCUUUUUUUUUUAUUUUUUCAAGCAUGCAUUCAAGUAAGGUUGAAUGUUUCAGGAGCAUUUCAGUCCAACAGUGCAAAGAGUGACUUUUCAUUUAUUUAUUUUAGUCUUGUGCUUGUUUGGACAGUCAACUUCCAUUUUUUUUUAAACUAUUCUGUGAAAGAAAAGCUGCUGUGCUCUGGGUGUGGAAGCACAGCCUUGGGUCUCUGUUUCUGCCACAGCUUUCUGAUUAGAUCUUGUCCAGGCCAAGACUUGGACUUGGGUAUUUCAGUGUAACAUCAGCCAUCUAAUCCAGAUCUUGAUGGGUCAGAGCAGGAACUAUGCAGUUGGCUCUUAACAACCUGCAUUUUAAACUGAAAAUUGUUAUCUGCUUUGUAAACUUAAAAUCAGGUUGCAUUUCUCAGCUUGGCUUAGGCUACUCAGUGAUCUCCUGUGAGCAGGUGCUGUAAGCUGAAACUUUGGCAAAGCAUUUGGGUGAAAAGAGCUGGUUGUGCUUAGCAUUUUUAUUCUUGUCAGAACUGUGCUCUCUGAGGAAGGAGGCUCAAAGGUCAGUGUGACAUUAGAGGCUGCAAAAGGCUGAACUGUCUGUGCUCAGAGGCACUGCUCUCAAGGUUUGCAUCAGCUCUAGGAACUGAGAGAAUUUGGGAUUACAUGCCUGAAUUUGAGGUUUGGUCUCUGUGCAGAAAACAGCCAUGUAAAUGAGGAAUUUUCUCAAAGGAGCAAUUUGCCAGAGCCUUACUGUCAAGGCGCAAGGGAGUGUGAGUCACGGAGUAAGUCAGGAGAAGGAUCUGAGUCACCCAUGGCAGCUCUGUGUCAGGCCGUGGGAAAGGGCUCUGUUCCACGUGUCACUGCUCCUGGGGAACCUCGGAGGUCGUUGCGAUCCCCCCGUGUCACUUCUGUCUUGCCCAUUCCCUGUCACGAGGCGCUGCCCACCUGACAAGAUGUGCAUACCCGGGGGGAUUGCACACGUGGUGUCUCUUGCACGGGGUCUCCAAAUGUUCUCACUCAUUGCCGGGCGUUUGUUGGGUGGCUGAACUGUCCUUUAUUCCUCCUGACACAGCUGCACCAUUCCGGCCCCUGUGAGCUCCCGGGUGUCCCUCAGCUCUUUAAAUG